UAUUUGUGUGUGUGUGUGUGUUUGUCAAAUUGUUGGCACUAUUCACAGCCUUCGGACAAAAUAGGAGAGGUUCUCCGCGGGAGCCAGCUCACCGAGGAAGAAGAACAGAGUUUAAUCAAGAUGAAACCAAGAUCAGGGUACAAAAUGAAUGAAAUUUCUGGAAACGGUAUAUUUCCGGCCAGUGAGGAAGGUAGCGCAUCUGAAGCCAUUGAUGCAAAUUCAAACAGCAGAACAAGCAUACGCAUAUAUAAGCAAGCACCGAAUGGAGUUAGUCAGAUAUCAUUCAGCACAGAAGGAAGCAUCCCUCCUAAGAAACCAACCUCUCUACCUGAGGUAACAAAGCAGCGUGAACUGAGUGGAACGUUGCUAACUGAACCAGACUCAAGGACUAAGAGGCAAAUAUCAAGCGCCAAGACCAAGGAGCUGGUUGGAAAUAAUAUCUUUGGUCCUGCCCUUGAAGUUGUGCCUCGUUCCGCGGCACCUGCACACACUUUCGAAAUGGAAGAAAGCAAAGAGAUAGGAGAACCCUUUACACCAAAUGUGCGCACUUCAGUGGAAGUUUCCGAUCCUGCAGGAGGCCCAAGUAAUGUCUCAUUCAGCGAAGAGUCAGUCAAUAAGACAUCAAAAAAGCUACAUAGCCAGAAGUUUGCAGAACUGACAGGCAACAAUAUUUUCAUGGAAGAUGGCCCUGCGGUAUCAGCGGAUAAGCCCCUGAGCAGUGCUAAACUUAGAGAAAUGACCGGGAGUGACAUAUUCGCAGAUGGAAAAGCAGAAACCAGAGAGUAUUUAAGAGGUUCUCGCAGACCCCCUGGUGGAGGAAGCAGCAUUGCUUUGGUUUGAGCUUUAUAUUAUGAUAGUUGGAUUUGUUCUAUGUAACCUUCCUAUAAUAAUAACUUUACUGCAAGGAUUGGCGUGUUGUGAUAUCAGCAUUGUAUAUUCAUGAUAUAACUCGACGCAGUAUAAUAAAUCUGCUACAUAUCUACGAUAAUUGUCUAUUUAUUUUGAUAUCAAUGAUAUAUGGGAUU